GAUAACUAUCGUCAUUGGAACCUGGCUUCCCGGUAUUGAUGCCUGUGAUAAUUCUCGGGUAUUCCGACUGUUCGUCCCUGGCGAGCGGUUUCGUCGGCUUCCGCCAAUGUCCACGCAGCUCUUUUACUUGUCCGCGCGCGUUUCCUUUUCGGAUUUAGCCACGGAGCGUCAAACAAGUUUGAAGUACUUUCGAUGAGAGCUGCUGGAAGCGGGUUGUGCGUCGCCUGGCUCGUUCUCAGUGUUACCUGAAGAAGGCUAGCUAGUGGAAGCAGCGAUACUAUCACCGCUACAGUGAUAAUAUUGAAUCGGUAGGACUGAACGUUCUACUCGACUCGAUCCGACCAAAACUGUGGAAGUUGUGUCUGUGUCUUCAAAACACACGCUUUGCUAGCGUUUCUCAGAGGAGAUAUCAUCAGUUUAUUCUCUGCCUGGCUGAGCGACACCCAUGACUUAUGCCUGGUUGUUACCGAAGUGUUGCUCCUGCGACCCUCACGGUCCAAAGUAGCAUACGUAUAGCCUAUAGCCUAGGUGUGUAAGGACGUGUGCAGCUAGCGUCUUCUCCACGUGUCGACACCAUCUUUCCUCAUCACCUGAUCAUCGAGCGGAGAAAAUCGACUUGCGGGUCAGGCAUGGAGUUCACCGCGCUGUCUCAAGUACCACAGCGCAGCAUGACAUCUACCAAGCUACCCCCUAACAGCGGAGGUUAUUGCAGCACUCUGAAGCUUCUCUACCUCUACCUUGUUUUGGUGGCACUUACGACGGAUGACGCAAGCCUUGUAUCUGCAAAUAAGUUCGGAACAUGGGAGUGUAAGUCGCGAGGUGUCGUUGUCAGCCGAGGUGACUUUGUCAAUUCGUCGUACGCACCAUUUGUGUCGCCUCGCACAUCGUCCGAGUGUCCCGGACAGAACGUUUACUUUCACAACACCGAGUGCGACUUUGAGUUCGAAGCACCCGAGGGCUACCACAUCUACGUGGAGUUUGUCUCUUUCGACUUGGACGUGAACUGUAACUACGACUAUGUCUUCCUGACCAGCAGACGUCGCUCACGCCACAUGUGCAGCACGGACCCUAACAAAAGUAGACUUCUGCUCUAUGAUGUCACACAAGAGUCGAAGAUGCGAGUUGAGUUUGUAACUAACGACCACUAUCGCUGUGGCGGAUUUUCGGCAUUCUUCUCAGCCUAUAAGCCGCCACCGAGUGUCCGCGAAUACUAUCGCCGAAAGAAAAGAAGCACCUACCCUGGAAGCUAUCUUAAAGAGGCUCUGGCAGAGCUAGAUGUAGAUGAUCACGAGAAGGUGCACGGCAGAAACCUACUGGGCUGGCAUGAUGACAGCGAUGUACGUGCACUGGGUCAUGACACGGCCACAGGACGAGAGCGACGCAGUGACAGUGACAGCGAUAGUGAUAGUGGAGCCACGAGAAGAACUUCUGUCCGGAGAAGCUACACCCGGAGGAGGAGGACGCAGACACGCAGGUACAGUGGCUCAUCGUCAGCGGAGGGUGGCCGGAGAUCCCGCAAGAAGCUGCCCAAUGCUUUAGAAGCCCAGAGUGAGCACGCCUUUGAGGAGCUUUACGCAGAGUCACAGGAAGUUGUCGGAGAUUCGCAGCUGCAGUAUAUUCAUAUGGUGUUGAAAAUCAACGGGAAGCCAGUGACGAUCGAUGGCAAAAUGUCUGGCAGGAGUCUUCGAAGCAGGAUUGAAGCAGAGUGGCUGCGGUUCAAGGAUGAUGCAAAGAUGAAUGAGCUACGCAAGGAGGUCUACAAGCUGGCCAACAUCGCCAAGAAGAACUACUGCAGGAUGUGUUCUGAGACGUGCUUUGACAAAUGCCAGUGCAUCCGUGCGGGCACGUUGAUGAAACUCAAGGAUUAUGUGACUGGUAGUAGCAGUGAUGACAACCAACGUAGUAACAGCUACCGUAGGAGAACGAAACGGAGCCGAUCGGAAAGUUAUUGCAAAUGCCGCCCUGGAAAAUGAGGAUGACUGAGAUUGACUGUUGCCGUUCCACAAAGUACAGGAUCAAUAGAUCUGUAGACCUGCCUGUAAUAGUGCAGGUGCGAUGCCUUAAAUGAUGAGCAUCUCCCAUGGAUUGUGUUUGCUAUUAGUUCUUAGAUUGUAGAUGUAGAUGUGUGAGUACACUGUUCAUCGUCUCAUAGCCAGUUACACACCUCCAUUUUUUGUUUUUAUCUCUCCUGCCCAUACCGGUGCACCGGAUUGCUUGAGAGCUACCUUGAAGACCGUGCCGUAGUUGCUAAAACGCCGCAGUGUUAGUCUGAAUCAUUCUUGAUCAUCUUUUAUACAGUUUGUACGAAUACAUGCUCACCCAAUGCAGGCUGUAAACUGCUGGAUCAAUUUGCUAUAUCCUUUAGUUCAAGCUGACCUAUCACCUAAGAUCAAAAGUACCUGUGUACAGAUGUCGGUGAAUUUCAUCUGCCUGUGAUCUAGUGUCCCAUCCAAACAAAUUCUAUUCACUGAAAUCCGGCUGUCUCAUGACUUUACUACAUGAAGUCUAUCCAAUGACACAUGUGCAAGUGCUAUCUUCUCUCCAUUGCUUGUAUUUUCUUUACUAUUUGCGGAACGACUUUUUCUGCCAUUG